AUGGAUUUGCAAAGGGCAGUUUCGAAAGGGAAGAUUAGCAAAGUAAGGCAAUCGAUCAAAGAGGGUGCUAACAUACACCAGACAGACCAAGAUGGAAACACAUGUUUACACAUUGCAGUUAAGAACGAACAAGGAGACAUCAUUGAAUAUCUCAUAAAACAUGGAGCUGAUGUCAAAAAGGCUACGUCAACGGGACUAACACCCUUACAUCUUGCUGCCGCACAGGGACUUCUAAAGGCAGUGAACAUUAUUCUCAGUCAUGGAGCUGAAGUGAAUAAAGGGGGUGAGGAUGAUUUCACCGCACUACACUAUGCAGCUAAGAAUGGUCAUCUUGAUGUGACGAAACACCUCAUCAGUCAUGGAGCAGAAGUAAAUAGAGGGGAUAAUAAUGGUUUGACCCCAUUACACAGUGCAGCUAAGAAUUGUCAUCUUGAAGUGACCAAACAUCUCAUCAAUCAAGGAGCUGAUGUAAAUAGAGGGGAUGACACCGUUUGGACUCCAUUACACAGUGCAGCUAAGAAUGGUCAUCUUGAUGUAACGAAACAUCUCAUCAGUCAAGGAGCUGAAGUAAAUAUAGGGGAUGAUACUGGUUUUACUGCAUUACACUAUGCAGCUUGGAAUGGUCAUCUUCAUGUCACCGAAUAUCUCAUCAGUCAAGGAGUUGAAGUAAAUAUAGGGGAUGAUACUAAAUGUACUGCAUUACACAGUGCAGCUCAGAAUGGUCAUCUUGAUGUCACCAAAUAUCUCAUCAGUCAAGGAGCUGAAGUGAAUAAAAGGGAUAAUAGUGAGUGCAUUGCAUUGCACAGUGCAGCUAAGAAUGGUCAUAUUGAUGUAACCAAGCAUCUCAUUAGUCAAGGGGCUGAAGUGAAUAAAGGGAAUGAUGUUGGUUUGACGGCAUUACACUAUGCAGCUGGAAAUGGUCAUCUUGAUGUCACCAAAUAUGUCAUCAGUCAAGGAGCUGACGUGAAUAGAAAGGAUGCUACUGGUUUGACUGCAUUACACAAUGCAACUGGGAAUGGUCAUCUUGAUGUCACCAAGUAUCUUAGUAGUGAAGAAGUUAAAGUGAAUAGCACGAAUCAUACUGAUUGGUCUGCAUUACACAGGGCAGCUCAAAAUGGUCAUCUUGAUGUCACCCAAUAUUUAAUCAGUCAAGGAGCUGACGUGAAUAGAAAGGAUGCUCCUGGUUUUACUGCAUUACACUAUGCAGCUGGGAACGGUCAUCUUGAUGUCAUCAAAUGUCUCAUCAUUCAAGGAGCUGAAGUGAACAUAUGGAAUGAUCCCGGUUCGACUGCAUUACACAUUGCAGCACAAAAUGGCCAUCUUGAUGUCUCCAAAUAUCUCAUCAGCCAUGGAGCUGAAGUGAAUAGAGGGAAUAAUACUGAUUUGACUGCAUUACACUAUGCAGCUUUGAAUGGUCAUCUUGAUGUCACCCAACAUCUCAUCAGUCAAGGAGCUAAGGUGAAUAAACGGAAUAAUGAUGGAAAUACUGCAUUAUAUAUUGCAUCCCUGAAUGGUCAUCUUGGUGUCAUCAUAAUACUCAUUAGUGAAGGAGCUGAAGUAAAUAAAGGGAAUAAUAAUGGAAAUACCGCAUUAUACAUCGCUUGCAAGAAUGAGCGUCUUCAUGUCAUCCAAUAUCUCAUUAGUCGUGGAGCUGAUGUGAAUGAACGAAAUGAUGAUGGCUCGACCGCCUUACACAGUACAGCUGAGUAUGGUCAUCUUGAUGUCAGCGAAUAUCUCAUUAGUCAUGGAGCUGAAGUGAAUAGAGAGGAUAAUAUUGGUGUGACUGCAUUACACAGCGCAGCUAGGAAUGGUCAUCUUGAUGUUAUCAAAUAUCUCAUCAGUCAAGGAGCUGAAGUAGAUAGAGGGAAUACUGGUUGGACCGCAUUACAGGAUGCAGCUAAGAAUGGUAAUCUUGAUGUUAUCAAAUAUCUCAUCAGUCAAGGAGCUGAAGUAAACAGAGGGGAUGACACUGAAUGGACUGCUUUACAAAUUGCAGGUCAGAAUGGCCAUCUGGAAGUCAUCGAAUAUCUCAUCAGUCAAGGAGCUGAUCUGAAUAAAGGGAAUGAUACUGGUUUGACUGCAUUAGACUGUGCGGCUGAGUAUGGUCAUCUUGAUGUCACCAAAUAUCUCAUCGGUCAAGGAGCAAAUGUGAAUAAAAGAGAUAGUGAGGGCUCGACCUCCUUACACAGUUCAGCUGAGAAUGGUCAUCUUGAUGUCACCAGAUAUCUCAUCAGUCACGGAGCUGAAGUGAAUAGAGAGGACAAUAUUGGUUUGACUGCUUUACACAGUGCUACUAGGAAUGGUCAUCUUGAUAUCAUCAAAUAUCUCAUCAGUCAAGGAGCUAAAGUGGACACAGAGGAUAAUUCUGAAUGGACUGCAUUACACAUUGCAGCUCAGAAUGGUCAUCUUGAUGUCACCAAAAAUCUCAUCAGUCAAGGAGCUGAUGUGAAUAGAGGGGGGAAAGAUGGUUGGACUGCAUUACACAAAGCAGUUCAGAAUGGUCAUUUGGAUGUCACCAAACAUCUCAUCAGUCAAGGAGCUGAAGUUGAGAGAGGGGAUAAUACUAAAUGGACUGCACUGCACAUUGCAGCUCAGAAUAACCAUCUGGAUGUGACUAAACAUCUCAUCAGUCAAGGAGCUGAGGUAAAAAAAGAGAAUGAGACUGGUAGGACCGCAUUACACAUUGCAGUUCAGAAUGGUCAUCUUGAUGUCACCAGACAUCUCAUCAGUCAAGGAGCUGAUGUGAAUAGAGGGGGGAAAGAUGGUUGGGCUGCAUUACACGUUGCCGUUCAGAAUGGUCAUCUUGGUGUGUCCAAGUAUCUCAUCAGUCAAGGAGCUGAUGUGAAUAGAGGGGGAAAAGAUGGUUGGACUGCAUUUCAUAUUGCUGCUCAGAAUGGUCCUCUUGAUGUCACCAAGCAUCCCAUCAGUCAUGGAACUGAGAUGAAUAGACGGAAUAAUAAUGAAAGUACUUCAUUAUACAGUGCACCCCGGAAUGGUCAUCUUGACGUCAUGAAAAAUCUCAUCAGUCAAGGAGCUGAAGUAAAUAGAGUCAAUGAUACUGGUUGGACUGCAUUACACAUUGCAGCACAUAAUUGUCACCUUGAUGUUAUCUCAUAUCUCAUCAGUAAAGGAGUUGAUGUGAAUAGAGGGGGGGAAAAAGAUGGUUGGACUGCAUUACAGAUUGCUGCUAAGAAUGGUCAUCUUGAUGUCACCAAGCAUCUCAUCAGUCUAGGAGCUGAAGUGAAUACAGGGGAUACUAAUGGAAGUACUGCAUUAUAUAUUGCUGCUCAGAACGGUCACCUUGAUGUCAUCAAAUAUCUCAUCAGUCAAGGAGCUGAAGUGAACAGAUGGAAUGAUCCCGGUUCGACUGCAUUACACAUUGCAGCACAUAAUGGCUAUCUUGAUGUCUCCAAAUAUCUCAUCAGCCAAGGAGCUGAAGUGAAUAGAGGGAAUAAUACUGAUUUGACUGCAUUACACAUUGCAGCUGAGAAUGGUAAUUUUGAUCUUACCAAAUAUCUCAUCACUCAAGGAGCCGAUGUGAAUAAAAGAGAUAAUAAUGGCUCGACCGCCUUACACAGUACAGUCGAGUAUGGUCAUGUUGAUGUCACCAAAUAUAUCAUCAGUCAAGGAGCUGACGUGAAUAGAGGGAAUGUUACUGGUUUGACUGCACUACACAUUGCAGCAAAGAAUGGUCAUCCUGAUAUCAUCAAAUAUCUCAUCGGUCCAGCAGCUGAGGUGAAUAGAGAGAAUGAUACUGGUUUGACUGCAUUACACCUUGCAACAGAGAAUGGUCAUCUUAAUGUCAUCCAACUUCUCAUUAAUCAAGGAGCUGAAGUGAAUAAAGGCAAUGAUACUGGUUUGACUGCAUUAUAUAUUGCAUCACGUAAUGGUCAUCUUGGUGUCAUCAAGUAUCUCAUCAGUCAAGGAGCUGAAGUGAAUAGAGGUAAUGAUACUGGUUGGACUGCAUUACACAUUGCAGCACAUAAUGGUCACCUUAAUGUUAGCAUAUAUCUCAUCAGUCAAGGAGCUGAUGUGAAUAUAGGGGAAACAGAUGGUUGGACUGCAUUAAAUAUUGCAGCUCAUAAUGGUCAUCUUGAUGUCACCAAAUAUCUCAUCAGUCAAGGAGCUGAAGUGAAUAGAAGGGAUAAGAAUGGAAUUGCUGCAUUAGACAGUGCAGCUGAGAAUGGGCAUCUUGAAGUUGCCAAAUACCUCAUCAGUCAAGGAGCUGAAAUGAAUAGAGGCGAUGAUAUUGGUAGGACUGCAUUAUAUCUUGCAGUUCAAAAUGGUCAUCUUGCUGUCGCCAAAUAUCUCAUCCAUCUAGGAGCUGAAGUGAAUACACAGGAUAUAACUGGCGGGACUGCAUUACACAGUGCGGCUGAGAAUGGUCAUCUUGAUGUAGCCAAAUAUCUAGUCAGUCAAGGAGCUGAAGUGAAUAAAGGUGAUAAUAUUGGUAGGACUGCAUUACAUAUAGCAGCUAAGAUUGAUCGUCUUGAUGUAGCCAAAUAUCUCGCCAGUCAAGGAGCUGAAGUGAAUAGAGGGGAUAAUAUUGGUAGGACUGCAUUACAUCUUGCAGCUCAGAAUGGUCAUCUUGCUGUCGCCAAAUAUCUCAUCCAUCUAGGAGCUGAAGUGAAUACACAGAAUAUAACUGGUGGGACUGCAUUACACAGUGCAGCUGACAAUGGUCAUCUUGAUGUAGCCAAAUAUCUCGUCAGUCAAGGAGCCGAAGUGAAUAGAGGGGAUAAUAUUGGUAGGACUGCAUUACAUCUUGCAGCUCAGAAUGGUCAUCUUGCUGUCGCCAAAUAUCUCAUCCAUCUAGGAGCUGAAGUGAAUACACAGAAUAUAACUGGUGGGACUGCAUUACACAGUGCAGCUGAGAAUGGUCAUCUUGAUGUAGCCAAAUAUCUCGUCAGUCAUGGAGCUGAAGUGAAUAGAGGGGAUAAUAUUGGUAGGACUGCAUUACAUAUAGCAGCUAAGAUUGAUCGUCUUGAUGUAGCCAAAUAUCUCGCCAGUCAAGGAGCUGAAGUGAAUAGAGGGGAUAAUACUGAUUUGACUGCAUUACACCUUGCAGCUCAGAAUGGUCAUCUUCAUGUUUCCAAAUAUCUCAUUAGUCGAGGAGCUGACGUGAACAGAGAAGAUAGUGAUGGUCAGACUGCAUUGCGAUUUACUGACCAGAAUAGUCAUGUUGAAGUUAUGGAAUACUUGAUAAGUCGAGGAGCGAAAACAGACAAAUGGAUGGCUUAUGGCGGUGCUACAGUACUCUCUACCGUUCAGGAUGAUCGCCGUGAUAUCGUUGCUGAUCUCCAGUCACCAAGAGCACGUCCUGAGGUAGACGAAAUCCACGGAACGAUUCCUCUAGAGCCCACUUUGCUGCCUGGGUUCCAAAAUAUCGCUGAGAGUUUAGUCACAUGUUCCACGUCCGAGGUCACCCGGAGUCAUUUUCAUCACGCGAUACAAGGCGGUCAUACCUCUGAUGUUGAGGAUCUAGUCAAUCAUGGAGCAGAUCUUAAUGUCCAGUCAGUAGACGGUCAGACGUGUCUUCAUGAAGCAAUCAAACUUUGCUACAGGACAGAGAGAAGUGUACAAUAUAGUGACACACUUAGGAAUAUUUCUGCUGAGUUUUACGGUGGAGAACUUUCUCCCGGAAAGGCCUUAGUGUUCUAUCUUCUUGAAAAUGGAGCCAAGAUAGAUGUGGAAGAUAAGUCAGGCAAGCAACCAAUCCAUUAUGCCAAGGAUGAAGUGGUCAAACAGAUGAUAUUGACAAGGUUGAAUUCCCUUGAAGACAUCAAGUCUUACCGAGAAAAACAACCGGGACCUUCUGUAUGCUGCGUCAAAGUCGAAGAAGAUCUCUCUCAGAAGAUUUCACUCGAGGACCAUGGCGUAUCAAUGUUCAUUCCACCCAAGGCUGUACAUCUGGGUGAAUCACAAAAGAUCACCCUUACCCUUCUACGGGACCCUCCUUGUGUUGACAUCCAGGAUGAUGAAUCAGUAGCCUGCUAUGGGGUCAGAUGUGAUCCUCCAAACAUCAUAUUCCUUAAACCUGUUAAGAUCAGGAUACCACAUGCCGCACUAGUCACCAACCCAGAUGAAGUAAAGCCAGAUAUCGUGUCAUAUGAAUGGGAUCCAGUAAAUGAUCUACCAAAAACCACACGAAAGAGAUCGUCCAACUCUCCCGACAAGCCACCACAUUGCAGGGUCUGCAAAAGCCAUCUUGAGCUGUACAUCUCACACACUGCAAAUUGGUGGGUUCUAAUUCCUCUUGAGCAACAUGUGGUUAGACACCGACUUUUGUGCACACCGUAUAUUCCAGAUAGAAUAAGAGAACAAAAGGAGAUUAAAGUCCACCUUCGACUACAUGCCAACAUUCCUGGAAUGGAUGUGGAAAUCCAAGAGGAGGAGAAGAAGCAGUCUUUCCACAAGGCUCAUCCCUCUAUUCCCAUCAGUAUUGCCUCCAAGUCUGGGAAUAUCAAUGUAGCAUGUUAUCGUGGUGAUGAUGAAUUGGACAAGAAGGUACUCCUACUCAAAGACGUUCAAAGUAGAAUGCAACACCGAAUUGUUCUCCCUGUACCUCCGCUUGAAGAUGACACGGAUCUUCCAGUGACCGUCAUUCUUACACGGACUGGGAGACAGGACGAUGUUUUAGUAGCUAUUAGUUUUGUCAUUAGAUGCUCUGAUGAACAGGAAUUGGAACCCAUUGCUUUUGGACGAAUUAUUGAAGAAGUCUCAAAAGGUUGCCUCAAUGAAGUUGAUGUCCUCGACAUUGCUGAAAAGAUGACAGUGGAUCACUUUUAUGAUUUAGGGGUAGCUCUCGGUUUCCCGAUCCCACAGUUGGAUGCUAUAGAGUACCGAAGAUUGGGAGACAGACAACAGGCCUUCUAUGACAUCCUAGUAAAAUGGCGGCAGACACAAGCCUCUGGUCAAGCAGCAGUGGAGAAACUAAUCUCAAUAAUGACAUCAUUGGACUCCAUGGAUGAAGAUCGGUUUGCAUUACAAGCAAGUUCAUCGGGAGUGUACAGUGAAAUCCCAGACAAGACGCUACUCCAUUUAUCCAGAAAGAUAAAACAAGAGAAGUACUUCGAGACUGGAAUAAAACUUGGUCUCACUUCGACAGAGCUUGAACACAUAAAACACCGGACAUUUCCUAACAGGAGAGACACCAACAUCCUGAUGCUUUCUAAAUGGAAAUCAUCUCAGCCUCCCGGAGAAAAGGCGAUAGAAACUUUGAAAUGUGUUUGGGAAUCUGUACAAUCAGUGGAAAAGGCUGAACAUUUAGAAGAAGAAGAUACAUCUGCAGAUCUAAAACAGAAUGUUGUGGAAAUGACCAAGCCCAAUGAGCUCGAAAGCGAACCUGAAAAGAUGGAGAUCAUUGACUUUUCCGAAACAGAUAAUGAUCCACUCGGGCCUUCUUGUAAGCACGGGGAAACGCAUGAGGAUCUUGAUCAACACGGUGGAAUACCAAACUCAGAAGAACUUUGCAGUGUGGCUCGUCAAGUCAAAACCUUACAAAUAGCAUGUUCACUUGGGAAAGCCCUUCGCAUUGAUGACAUCAGCAUAGUCGGUUUCGUCACUCAGCAGACUCCUUCAUUACUGGAUGCUACAGCAAAGCAAAUCCUUCUCAUGUGGCAUGAUGGCUUACAAGAAGGAUUAAGGGAGGUUGAACUCCACGAGCUUAUAAUGAAGUACAACAUCACCGGUGACAAAACAGGAGGCUAUGAUGAAAUAGCAAAACUCAUUCGGUCUGACUCAGAUCUACUCGUCUUAAUUCGUCAUUUGGGAGUUCAGCCUUCCAUCGUCAUGGAGAUAAUUAACACAUCUGUAGACUUUGCACCACACAUGGUUGUUUCUGCUGCUCUGCAACUGCUGAUACAAUGGGCCAACAAGGGUGGAACUCGUGAGAGGCUUCUGGUUGUAGCUCAGGCUUUUCGUUUUAAUUGCGCAGAACUCUUAGAAAAAGGCCUGUCAUGUCAUUCAACGUAUCCAUUUUUCAUCUCGUACGGCAUCAUUGAUCAUAAGAAAGGAAGGCUGACCCUCGAUGAACUUGGAGUUACUGUAUCUAUUCCUGAAGGGGCUAUUCCGAAAGGAAUGAGAUCAACCGUCACCAUUCGCGUAUCAAUCCGCAAUACUCCCAGAAUUCCCAUACACGACGAUGAAGUUCUUAUUACUCCGGUCAUCGAGACUUCUGUCCAUCAAGAACUUCUCAAGCCGGCAUCGAUAGUACUGCCACACUGUGUUAAGUUCCGGGAACAAAACGACGAUUCUUCUGUUGUAUUGUACACCAAGACCGAGUCAGGAAAAUUCGGUCGCAGAAUGCUGACUGUUGACGAUUCACGAAUCUCAAAAUCUACGAUUGAGUUUUGUACGCGUCAUAUUGAAGUUUUGGCUGUGUCUUCAAAGAAUCUUCGAGAACUUCAACUGACAUGCUUAGUCUUCCAGCCCACUAUGAAGACACCGGAACAGCAACCAUCUAUACACGUGUACAUAAUCUAUCCAUACAAUACAUAUGAUCAGGAUAUAAUCAAGACGGAACUGGCUUCUUCUGUACCUUACUGUCAAGUCGAGGAGGGAUUCAAAUUCUCUAUAGGGUUAACAGCAAAACACCUGGAGGUUAUUUGUCAUGAAGAGUCGAAGCAACACAGACGAAAGAUACACAUCAAAAGUGUUUUGAGUGGUCAUCAGUGUACUCCUCUGAAGUUCAUGCUUCAGUUUACCCCGGAGGAAAAGGGAAAGAAGAUCAUUCGCAUUGCAAUACAGGAAGGACACGAGGCCACAUCAGUAAGAGAAUUCAACAUAGCAAUAGAAGAUGAACCGGAUUACGCGGCCAAUCGUAGGGACUCGCAAGGGCGAAUGAGCUGUUUAUCCAACAAUCUCAUUGAAACCCUGGCUGAUGUGAUUCUCAAGCAAAGCGAAGCAAUCCCGCUAGGCCGCCGUCUUGGUUUCUCAGACUCGACUGUAGAGAAAUACCUCAAUCGACAAGACUCGUCGUUUAAGAGAAUCUCAAGAUCAGGUUUUGUUGAGAUGCUAAGUGAGUGGAGACGAAGAGCCCGACCUAGUGAGCAGGUAGAGAAGCUUCAUCAAGCCCUGAAAGAUGCUGGUCAGAGCUAUGUAACAGAGACCAUCCUGCAUGGUGUGGCCAUCUCUUCUAAGACCAGCGUUGCUCAGCGCGUGAUAGACCUUGAGUCAAAUAGUCCUAAAUAGAAAGCGACUGUUUCAUUGACCUCAAGAAUGCUAAACCAUUACCUCUGGAACUAGAUUGCCAAUGUAUGAAGAUUCGAGAGUUGGAGUCAACUGGUUAACCAGAGGAUGUCUGAGGGGAUAGCUCACCUCUUAAUUUCAUCUUAACAAAAUGUGUCGUGAUGUGAUACUAGCGUCAAUAUUAAGGGGUUAAUUAGCAAUUAACCUCAUGGAUUAUAUGAAAAUAACUUUAUGAGAUUUAGCAAUUACUUCGCAGGAGUUUUCUAUAACGUAGAUAAUCUUUUGUCAAAAGUCGUUCCUUCAAUGACAAAGCAGCAUUUAUCAAACGAUCGGUGAAUCAAAACAGCAGUGUCGUCAUGGACUCUGGACAAACCACAUAAAUGUCAGGUUCGAAUCCUAAGACGAGGUGUUGUCCUGAUCCACCGACUUUCGACAAUGACCUCUAUCAUCUAUCCAUCAUGAUUUGACGGAUAUUUUUAAUGAAUUCUGAAAGUUGCAGAAAGCGUCUGCUAGUCCAUUCUAAAAUACAAUGCUAAUGAUUGCAAAACAAUUGUCUUAUAAGAAUUAUGACAGCAAAAUUGUCUUUAGUAUAAUUUUAUUGCGUAUUUUAUAUUUAAAUUUAUAAUGUCAUUAUAAUC